UCCAGCCAGGUUCGAGAAUCCUUAUCGUAUGCGCCCAGAAAGGAAAUACGCUAGAUUCAAUCCGGUAACGUCCAAUAUGGACGCAUUGGGCAUUAUUCGAUGCGUCCGAAGUACCAUUUCCCAGUUUAUAUCUAGCUUACAUCUUCAUAGCAAACUCCACUAUCUCCUUUCCUCCUCUCUCUGCACCACGCAUCUCAACCCCCUACUGUACAUAAGUUCCUCUGGGUCCUCAACAAUCCUUCUUAUAUCUUAUGGCCUGAUUUCAAUUGGCUCUUCCACUACCUCACCCACCACUAGCUCUCAAUCUAUCUUCUCGAUUUCUCAAGUGUCUAGGCAGUGCCAGACUUUCGCCUGCAUUCUCUGUUCUACCGACAAUCAUUCCGAUCAACUAUGCCCUCCAGAAAUCCCAUCCACCCAGCCUCCCUCUGUCGUCUUUCGACUCACAAUAAGCCUCUUGUCGAGUGUCUCCGCACUCGAGUGCGAUCCGAAUUCUUAGCUCAUGUGGCUGAGCAAACUUGUUCUGUUAUUCGCAUCUCCCCCUCUGCCCCAUCAACACCUUCUACUUCAUACUUGCCCACUCCGCCUGCCAGCCCAAGCGGCGAGCACUACGAUGAAGACGGCAAACCCUCUGAAUGGUGGCAAGCACCCAACGGCACUGAAGACGACUUAGAUGUCGAUCUUCCAGAACUACAAGAAUUCAUUAGGGGUCUGGUUGUGCAAAGUAACGUACAAAUGCCCACAUUAAGUGUGACUCUUGUGUACCUAGAAAGACUCAGAGAGAAAUUGCCCGCCGUUGCCACUGGUAUGAAAUGCACCCGUCACCGAGUGUUCCUCGCUGUUCUUAUUUGUGCGGCCAAGUAUCUCAAUGACUCUUCACCCAAGAACAUGCACUGGCAGAAGUAUGGGAAAUUUUUUUCUCUCGCCGAAGUCAACCUCAUGGAGAAGCAACUCCUUUACCUUCUCGAUUACAACCUCCGAGUUGAGGAAGAUGAACUUGUUAGGCAUCUCGAGGGGUUCGGCCCUUCUGUUCUCGCACCUGCUACUUCUUCAGCUCCUAGUUCCGUAUCCGUUCAGGCAGCGCCUGAUCAACUUAGAGUUCCUGCUGUUAUCCCCAGGACGAAGACAUCUCCAUCUGCCUCCUCACGUCUGCGUACAGGCCCCAACAAGUCUCGCUCUACCAACUUUGAACGGCCCUUCAACCCUACCGCAGACAUCGCAAGUCACCAUUCACGUCCUGUCGACCUCCAGCGCAGCCACACAAACGAACAUAUUGGUUCUUCAUGUCAACCACGCUCUUAUCGGCCUGCCCCUAUCCACAUUCCUCGGGCAAUCACCUGUUCUUCAAGUCCUGGCAGCGCAAGCUCUAGCGCUUCGAGUGUGCUUUACGGUGAUAUCCCAACUCCUGGAUUAGGAAGAGAUUCUAGCGAUGCGGGCGAUUCACCCCAAGCCGCUAGGACGCCAGAUGAGGGCAGAUGGGGCAGAUAUGGUUACGGUGGUGUGCCGGUCCCAGUGUCUGUUCCUGGCAGAUUAUACAAGAUGUCUUGUGAGCCAACGAUUGUAGGCUUAAGCUCUGCAUCUCCUGUUGCGUGUGUGAAAUCACCUAUAGGCACAGAGAAGCAGCGAGAAGGACUUUUAAAGAGGGCUGGGAGGACGUUCAAGAGAAUUAUCUAAGUUUUGGUAUUUGGGAACUCUGAUGGCGCUUGCCAUCUGCUGAUCGUUCCUUUUAUUAUAAUCAUCGUUGGAGAUGUUGUAUAUCUAGAGUUGUGUAAUCUCAUAUCAUUUGUCUGGCAUUAUCAGUUACUAAGGCGCUAGACGCCCACAUUCCAUAUCGCGUAAUAUUGCAUCUGAGAUGUUAUUAUUACGUGUCGCAC